AUCAUGGACAACUACAUAAGUAGUACAUCAUACUGAGUAGUAUAUCCCUGAGCGCGAAUAUUAAAUUGAAAUUUAUACUAAUCGAAAAGUAGAGGCGAUUAAAACAACAAGACCCCAAAUUAUGGCCUCUUCCGGCGCAAUAAACCUCGACGCCGAAUAUGAGCCUGGUGAGCUUAAUAAGAAGCUGCGGGAGGCGGGUAAGAACUCUACCGUGAAUCAGCAGAAAGUGAAUCGACUGCAAGGCACUGUGAGCGCCAUGCGUGGGAAGUCCGCGAUUUACGAAGAGAAGAUACGCACUCUCUCGAAACAACUCGCUGAAAAGAACGCAGAAAUAGCGAAGAUUCAAAAGCUGUACUUUACUUUUGUUUGUAGACAAGCUCUACAAGCUGAAAUAAUUUUCCUCUUCGUAUGUCAUCAAUCCACUUAGCUGUACCUACUUUACUUUUGUUUGUAGACUGUCUACAGAAGCAGAAAUAAUUUUCCUCUUCGUAUGUCAUCAAUCCACUUAAUAGCUUUAAAUUCUAUCCCCGCAAAAAUUGAUUUGGUUAUACAAAUUAUAUCUCCAUCACUGUAUUGUGACAAUCACCACUACAACAGACACGACGAAACCGAGUCAAGAUUGGAGUUCAACACGAAGAAAGCUAAUAACCUUAGAACGCAACUUGCGGAAUGCUCACGCGUAUUUGGGUCCACUGUACAGCUCACGAGGACCACUGCACAGAAAAGCGCGUACUACUUCUAUGGUUAUGUUGUUGAUUUUGUUUUUUUUAACAAACUUGACAAAAUGUGGAUAUCAUGAUGUUGUUGUAUUCGGACGCGAGCAAGAGAAGUCGUGUGGAUCCUGACAGGUAUUUUGAUUUUCCUUUUUUUCACCUAACGGUAACGCCAACAUAGACCCUGACGCGCACUGACACUAUCCUCCAUCCCCCACACACAGUGCUCGCAACAAGAACAUCAACGGGAGAUACACAACCGGAGAAAUGGCUGCGUUACGCGGUUAUAGUUGCGGCAUCGGCUCUACGUUUUCGCCGCGACGCAAGACAUAAUGGAGGAGAGCAGCAUGCACUUUUACAACUCUUUUUUCAAUUUUGGAUGACAUAUAAUUACAAUUAGAACAAUAAAUGCAUGUUUGAAGAAGAUCAAGAUUGUGUAUUCUAUUUUUGUUGUGGAAGGAAAAGAAUAUGAAAAGUAAGAGAGACAUCAUUGGUCUCCGAUCGAUCUCCUGUACUUGCAUAAAGGUCAAUCUGCAUCCUCAUCUGACUAUCCCAUUCCACAAAACAUAAGAACAUUCUUUCAUGACAUGAAAAACAUAACCAACUGAAUUUUUCACAAGUAGGUCCUCUAGAGAAUACCGCAGCACAGUAAAGGAGAAGCC